UGCUCGGUUAGUCUUGAAUCAGCUUCAGCACCGAGAUCAGCUCUUGCGGCUUAACCUCAGGACUUUCUGAUCGGUAUUUUUUAACAAAAUGUGCAGUGGUUGAGUUAUAAUGUGCUGUGAAAUCAAUAACUGAACCAUCAAUCAUCAAUCACUGACCAUCAACCGUCAAUUGAUCAUCAAAAUUAGGUUAUUAGUUUUAAAUUUCUUGCAAAAAUAGCUCCGGUCAGUGAAAUUUCAAAGAUGUUGGUGCCAGCGGAUAUGCUGGCCUCGCAUUCUAAGAUGGUCUAUCAAAUAAACAAGUAUUUUGGCGAACGAGUUAUGUCCCGCAAGACCCAAGUCGCGAAAACCAUCCAAGAAGUCUGCCGGGUGGUCCAAGACGUGCUUAAAGAAGUUGAAGUCCAAGAACCGAGGUUCAUUUCUUCUUUAACGGACUACAACGGGAGAUUUGAUGGCCUGGAUGUCAUUUCCCCGACAGAAUUCGAAAUAGUGAUUUACCUGAACCAAAUGGGAGUUUUGAAUUUUGUCGACGACGGAACUUUGCCAGGCUGCGCGGUUCUCAAGCUGAGCGACGGAAGAAAGCGGUCCAUGUCCCUUUGGGUUGAAUUUAUCACAGCUUCUGGGUAUUUAUCGGCUAGGAAGAUCAGGUCCCGGUUCCAAACUUUGGUGGCUCAGGCCUGCGACAAGUGUGCCUAUCGGGAUUCGGUCAAGAUGAUAGCAGACACGACUGAAGUUAAACUGAGGAUCAGAGAAAGAUAUGUCGUUCAAAUCACUCCGGCUUUCAAGUGUGCAGGACUUUGGCCACGGUCUGCUUCUCAUUGGCCAAUUCCGCAGAUUCCGUGGCCGCAUCCUAAUAUUGUUGCUGAAGUUAAGGCAGAAGGGUUUGACAUGUUGUCCAAGGAGUGCAUUGGGCUUCAGGGAAAACAAUCUGCGAUGGAAGGCGAUGCUUGGGCGCUUUCUUUUAUUGAUGCAGAAAAUCGGCUGCUUCAAGGCGCGAGUAGAAGAAGAUGCUUAAGUAUCUUGAAGACUCUCAGGGACCGGCAUCUGGAUCUUCCGGGAAAUCCGGUUACUAGUUAUCAUAUGAAGACUCUUUUAUUGUAUGAGUGUGAAAAGCAUCCUCAUGAAGCUGAGUGGGAUGAAAGCUGUCUUGGUGAUAGAAUCAAUGGGAUUUUUCUUCAGUUAAUUUCUUGUCUUCAAUGUCGGAGAUGUCCACACUAUUUUUUGCCGAAUUUGGAUUUGUUUAAGGGAAAAACUCCGACCGGGCUUGAAAAUGCGGCAAAACAGGUCUGGAGACUCACAAGGGAACUUUUGACUAAUACUAGGGCUUUGGAGAAACUUUAGUGAUAUUAUUAUUGAUGGAGAUAAUCGAUUGAUUUGUUUAUUUGUGAUGUGAAAAUCUGUAAGUGCCAUAUUUAUUAUUUUAAACGGUAAAUGGCAUUUAUGUUAUGUUUAUGUGAUGACUUUUAUAAUGGCAUUUAAGUUUGGUAAUUUUUUUAUUUUUAAUUUAAGUGUAUUUAAUUAAUUAUUUAAAGAAGAAAAAGAGUUAUUAUUAUUAUUCAUUGAUGACUUUUGUAAAUUU